CGCCAAGUGCCCUGGUCCUGCUCUUCUUUCAAAGCUCCCCGCAAUACUUACAUUUUGACAUUUCCACUUCUGACGCGCCAUUGGGCUAUUCUGUCACAACCGUACUUUAGCUCUCUUCUUCUAUCACAGGCUCAUACUUAGUCUCACGCAAUGGCUACCCCUCCGUCGAUACCAACGCGUCCUUCUCGCUCUACUCAGAACCCGACCAUCUCAGAACCCGCCGAUGCCCCAAAGGUCCCUCCUCGCCCGUCGCGCAGCAUCGAGCGCUCCGUCUCUCCCCACCGGGACACCUUUGCUCGUUCCCCGCUGAACGACCCCACCUUUAUCAAUGGCUCCAACAACAACAAGAGGCUCUCGGCCUCUGACCUGCCUCAGCGCCCUCCCUCGGUCUCGCUACCUUCGAUCGGACAAGAGGGGAGUGAGUACGACAGCAUAGCUACCCCCGGUGACGAGAGCUCCCCCAGGGAGACUAGAGAUGCCGAGGGGCUGCAACUGCACGCUCCUCGCGCUCAAGUCCCUCAGUCAACUGCGAAGUCGAGGAUACAAGGGGUCACCCGCACCGAUUCCAGCCAGGCUGCGGCCGCUGGUUUUGGAAAGACAGCAUCGUCGGACACAGACAGGAAGCUGUCUCACUCCAGGAGCCCUUCGGCAGCGGCGCGCAUGUCGCGCCCUCAGUCUAUACAUGAUGAUUCCGAGCAUGGCAUUCCCUCAAUAGGUCUGCAGGUGCCCAUGUAUCCCAACGCGGGUGACGUGCAAGCUCCCACGCCGUCACAGUACAGCAACGCGCCCUCGACCGGCAUCGGCUUCUUCAACAACGGUGGCCAGUCAGCGGAAAGGCACCAUACCAGAUCCAAGAGUGGCAGAGAGAACUUCUACGCGCCGCCUGGUAGCUAUGGUCGUCAUGGUCACGGAGUCGUCCCCCAAGACGUCUUCGAGAAGGACUGGUACGCGAAGCACCCCGAGGAUGCUGCCAGAGAGGCACAGGGAGAGUAUGGCCCGGCCAUCUCGGAGAAUAGAAAGGAAUGGGCUCUCAGCAGCGACCAGUUGAACAGGCUUGUUCAAGACAGUGCCAACAGCGGUGUUGGAAUGGGGACGUCUCCUGCAGCCGUCGGCACCCCUGCCGAAGAGAUUGGUUACCUGGCUUCAGAAGAGUACGCUUCCCGCAUGGCAUCGCCGGCGACGGGCCACAAGGAAGGCCCCAAGUCUCGGCCCGUCUCUCAGACUUAUUAUGAGUCGCCCCUGCGUAAGGCAAGCUUCCCCGCCGAAGAAGCUCAGAGGCCAUCGGGCACCGCCAUUGAGGGCGAGAGCGAGGAAGUCAUUCACAUUGAUCCUCCGGCAAACGCGAGGAGCCACAUUCACGGCGGUGGCCCCGAGGCCGCUGACCUUGGACCCGAGGGUGGCAACACCCACGAGCAUGGAGGAUUUUUCACAGAGGAAGGUGAUGGCGCGCCAAUUUUGGCUUCUGACGAGCUGGAGAGACACAAGACUCCGGGCGCAGAAUUCAUGCAGCCAGCUGUACCGCCAGAGUUGGAGCGGGAGCGUAGAGAUGCCGAUGAGGCCGAGACCAACGGUCACCGCAGGAGCAGCAGCCGUGGUAGCCGUCCCACGAGCCGCCCUCCGAGUGGUGUUGGGCUGCCCCAUUGGAAGAGCUAUGGUGAGGAGGAUCGCUCCGGCACCCCUCUCGAUGACGUCAAGGAAUACGAGCCUUUAUUUCCCGAGGAUGACGAGAAGAAGCCUACCGAAAAGCCGAUCAAUAUGGCUGAAAAGCUCAAGCGCCCGGAUCUUGCUCGCCAUCACUUCCCCAGUCAAGAUGUCUGGGAGGAUACGCCUAGCAGUUUGCAGUUGCAGACGGAGGUUGAGACACCUCAGCUGCCAGAUGAGCCCGACUCAGCCCAUACCUCCUCGAUGCAGGGUUCUAUGACUUUUGAGAAGCCUGAAGACGAAGAGGCACGCAAGUCGAUCACCCCGAGCGACCAGGAGAGUUUCCUUUCGGAUCACACCAAGCGUUUUGCCAAGUCUCACCUCAACCGUGAUGUCGCGGCGGAGCUUCCGGGAAGGCCGGGCAUGCAACAAAGAUUCCCUAGCCAGGAUGUUUGGGAAGACACGCCUGAUACCUUGCAGCUGGUCACUGAAGUCAGCGCUCCACAGGAACCGGAGGACCAGAUUUUCAGCCCCGAAGAGCAGAAGGCACCUGCUCCUGCAGCUGAAGAGAAGAAGGCUCCUGCGGUUGAAGAGAAGAAGACCGAAGAGCAAAAGGCUCCUGCACCUGGAGCACCGCAUGUUCCUGCUAGACCGCAGGUCCCAUCCCGGCCGGCACGUGCGGCUCAGGAUGAGUCCAAGCCCGCGUCCCCCGCCAAUGACCGCAAGCCACCUGUUCUUCCAGGGCGCCCGAAGCCACAGAUUCCGGUUCGUCCAGCGAAGAAGGACUCUUCUGAAAAUGUUCCGCUGUCCAAGACGUCUUCUGUCGGAAGCACUGGAAGCGAAAAUGCGCCAGCACCAGCCGCCAAGCCCAAGCCCCCUGUUCCCGGCCGCCCCGGUGGCAGCAAGAUUGCAGCUCUCAAGGCUGGCUUCCUGAGCGACCUCAACAGCCGUCUGCAGCUCGGCCCGCAGGGCCCUCCCAAACCUCCCAAGGAGCCUGAGAAGGAAGAGGCUGCGCCCGAAGAGCCCAAGGCUCCUCUGGCCGAUGCGCGCAAGGGUCGUGCCCGCGGCCCGGCUCGUAGGAAGCCUGCCGCAGCUACCGCUGCUGCAACUGCCGAGCCAGCAGCGAAAUCCGCAGCCGCCGCGCCUAAGCUGGAUAUCGCGACACCUUGGACUAUCUGGCAGAUCUCGGAUGAGGGCGACCUCGACAUCCCGAGCGCAGACGGUGCCGCUGGCGCUGCUGCCGUGCCUAAGGAGGCCGAGGCCAGCAUCGCCACACAGGUUCCUGCGGACCCGAAGCCUGCGCCUGAAGACAGCCCUUCGGCCGAGAAGGAGCUGAACCCUCACCCGGAUAUGGUGAUUAAGGGCGAGGCGGCGACGACGGGCGCUACUGAGGAAGCACAGCCCGAGAGCGCGGCCGCCGCACCGGCGGAAGAGACUCCCGCGGCUGUUGCGAAGCCCGUGACGGAAGAAGCGCCGGCGGAGGAGAAGAAGAGGGAUCAGAGCCCGCAAGUGGACGCGCCGGUUGAGGCCGAGGCCGAGAAGCCGGCUUCCACUUCCACGGCAGCCGCUGCGGAGGAGGCAAAGGAAGCUCCCACUACGGCUGAGAUGACGGACGAGGCGGUGCAGACCGGGCAACAGGACAUGGUGAUCCAGUGCUCGACGGAGGGCGACGGCGCCGCCAACACGGAGAAGCUGACGGCGUAUCUAGGCGGGCGGGCGCCCGAGGAAGGCAGCGUCGUCGUCAAGGGCGACGGGGAGGAGGUGGUCGGCGAGCCGGACGAGAGGGGCAGCAUUGAGAAGACGGGCGGUGGCAUGUGAGGUGUGAGGUGUGAGGUGUUAGUGCGUAGUGAGUAGUGGGUAGUGGGUUUUAUGAUGAGCAUUGAUGGAUGCAAUGCGUUGCGUUGCGUUGCGUUGCGAUGCAUGAUUAGGGAGCGGGGGUUUUUAGGGCAUUCAUUGCUUGCUUGCUUGAUUACCUUCUUGAUUGAUUGAUGGAUUGGUCGAUUAGCUCGGGCAGCAUAACUAGAUGAUGGCUUGCCGUCUGUCUUUUUC